AUGACGAGCUCUCAUCCCAAAGCCGAGGAACCACAAGUCGACUAUGAGCCUACCCAAAGUUCCAACCUCUCAGAGACACAGAAGCCUGAAGACCAAGGCACGCCUCCCGAGUCCUCGAAACCUCUCGACAAACCUGAGGCUGCGGACCAAUACUACCAUGGCAAGAGACUCGCCAUUGUGGUCGCGUCUUUGAUGCUGGGCACUUUCCUCAUAGCUCUGGACAACACGAUCAUUGCCACGGCGAUUCCAAGAAUUACAGAUGAAUUUCACGGUCUUGACAACGUGUCGUGGUACAGCUCUGCAUAUUUUAUGACUUUUGGCACGUUCCAAUCCACAUGGGGCAAGCUCUUCAAGUACUUCAACCUCAAGAUCUACUUCCUCGCCUCCAUCGUCGUCUUCGAGCUGGGCAGCCUGAUUUGCGCCGUCGCACAGGGCCCCACGACCUUGAUCGUCGGCCGGGCCCUUGCUGGCCUCGGCGGCGCCGGCGUCGGCACAGGCGCAUUCACCAUCAUCGGGUUCAUCGUAGAGCCCAAGUCUCGCCCGGCGGUGAUUGGAUUCAACGGGGCCACCUACGGCAUCGCAGGCGUCCUUGGUCCUCUCCUCGGCGGCGUCUUCACCGACAAAGUCAGCUGGCGAUGGUGCUUCUACAUCAACUUGCCCAUUGGCGGUGUGGCCCUGGCCAUGUUGUUCUUCUUCUUCAACACCCCGGCCGACGCGAAGCCAACUCCAGCCACUCCCAGGGAGAAGUUGCUUCAACUGGACCUCAUCGGUGCUAUGCUCGUCAUGGGCCUCAUCGUCUCGUACGUCCUCGCGCUGCAGCGCGGCGGACAGACCGAGUCUUGGGGGAGCAGCGUUGUUGUCGGCUUGCUCGUCGGAUUCGUCGUCAUAACUGCCGCGUAUAUACUGUGGGAAAUGUUCCAGGGUGAACGAGCCAUGCUGAUUCCAAGAUUGUUCAAACAACGCGUUGUCUGGGUCGGGUGCAUCUUCCAGUUCUUCUUCGCCGGCUCGUACUUUAUCGUCCUCUACUAUUUGCCCAUCUAUUUUCAGAGCGUGUUCGACGCCAGCCCCAUCGGGUCUGGAGUGCGCAACCUCCCCCUUGUCAUCACGCUUACCGUUGGAGCUAUUGCCCAGGGCGUGGUCUUGUCCAAGGUCGGAUAUCCCGCUCCGUUCCUUAUCGGCGGAUCUGCACUGGGCAUGGUGUCGUGCGGCCUUUUGUACACGCUCGACAUCCACACGUCCACGGGCAAAUGGAUCGGAUACCAGAUCUUGAGCGGUAUCUUCAUCGGCUUCACGUUUCAAACCGCCAUCGUUGUGGUUCAGGUUCAUUCGAAACCGGAGGACAUGGCCACUGCUACGGCAAUGAUUUUCUUCUUCCAAAUGAUCGGCGGCUCAUUCACCCUCUCGGCGGCGCAAUCGGCCUUCAACAACAAGCUGAUAUCGACACUUCGAUCCACCGCGCCAGGGGUCGACCCCGGCUUGGUCCUCGUCACGGGAGCCACCGAGAUCCGCCGAGUCUUCACUCCUGCCCAAGUCCCCGGGAUCGUGGCCGCGUAUAUGCAGGGGCUCAAGUCGGUCUUUGCCAUCGGAACCGGCACUUUCGGAGCCGCCUUCUUGGCGUCGAUGUGUGCGCCUUGGACGAGGCUUCACCCGGACGACCUGGAGAAUAUAGAGGGAGGUGCAGCCGCCUGA